AUGGCCUCCAAAGAAAUUCACGUGGUUGCUACCUUUAAGGCGAAGGCCGACAAAAUCGAUGAGGUAGCAAAAAUCCUUGAGCAGUCUGCCGCGAGCAUCCAUGAGAAGGAGCCAAACACCCUGAGGUUCUACGUAGUAAGACCGAAGAAAGGCAACGAGCUCAUCGUUGUUGAGAAAUAUAAAGAUGCUGCCGCCCUCAAAGCCCACGGCGGCACGGAAUACUUCAAAGCCAUGGUCGCCAAAGUCACGCCAUUGCUAGCCGCACCGACAGACCUGAAACUCUGCAGUUUUGUCGGCGGGUUCGAAGGAAGACCAUCAAAACUAUAG